AAGAGAAGGUUUAUUCCCUUUCAUCGACCUUACUUUCAAAUUCACCCAAAAUUGAAUUUUUCCGAUCCAACCAGAAUAAAUCCCUAGAGCAAUCACCCAAUCUGCAACAAUCUGCAAUUCACCGAAGCGAAGGGUUCGUUUUGAAAAUCGAAUCAGAAUCAUGGAUAUUCUGAAGCAGGAAUUGAUGAAGAAAAAGCAAAGUCUGGCGCAGGACGUCGGCGGAAAGAAGUUUUUCAAGCGUUCGGAAAUCGAGCAGAAACGCCUCCAGCGCCUGCGGGAGGAGGAGAAGCGCGAAUCCGAGGCUAAAGCCCUCCGCCAGAAGCAGCUGCAGCAAGAUCAUCACAGCAAGGAUCCGAAAUCAUCGUCAAACCCUAAUCCGAACACCGAGAACGCCAAACCUAACACCGAAUCCUCCUCCUCCUCCUCUAAAUCCCUAAUCGAGGAGCAAAACAUCGACAAUCUCAAUCUGCCGAAGCAGGAGGUAAUCCGCCGCCUUCGGUUCCUGAAACAGCCGGUGACGCUCUUCGGCGAAGACGAUGAGGCGAGGCUCGACCGCCUGAAGUACGUGCUAAAGACGGGGCUUUUCGAGGUCGACGACGAUAUCACGGAAGGGCAGACGAAUGACUUCCUGCGGGAUAUUGUGGAGCUGAAGAAGCGGCAGAAAUCGGGGAUUGUGAGUGAUCGGAAGAGGAAGUCGAGGGAGGAUGCUGGCGAUGAUGAGGACGGUGGGGAUGGAGAUAAGGAUCUCAGCGGAGACGGGGCAUCGUCCGGGGCUGAUCACGACAAGGAUGUUAAGAGAAUGAAGGCGAAUUUUGAGGAGUUGUGCGAUGAGGAUAAGAUUCUGGUGUUUUUCAAGAAGUUGUUGAAUGAGUGGAAUCAGGAGCUUCGUGAGAUGACCGAGACGGAGAAGAGGACUGCCAAAGGGAAGUCGAUGGUGGCGACGUUUAAGCAAUGUGCUCGCUAUUUGAGUCCAUUGUUCAAGUUCUGCAGAAAGAAGGUUCUUCCUGAUGAUAUCCGGCAAGCAUUGAUGAUUGUCGUCAAGUGCUGUAUGAAACGUGACUACCUAGCUGCAAUGGAUCACUACAUCAAAAUGGCCAUCGGGAAUGCACCCUGGCCCAUUGGAGUGACUAUGGUUGGUAUCCACGAACGUUCUGCGCGUGAGAAGAUUUACACCAACAGUGUGGCACACGUCAUGAACGAUGAGACUACUCGUAAGUAUUUACAAUCUAUCAAAAGGCUGAUGACAUUUGCCCAACGACGCUAUCCAACAAUGCCUUCCAAAGCUGUGGAGUUCAACAGCCUAGCCAACGGUAGUGAUCUGCAGUCGCUGUUAGCGGAGGAGAUGAUGUCGGAAGGGAAACAAGCUGAGGAGAAGCUUCUAUUGAUGGCUGCUCCCAAGGAUGACUAAGUUUAGCAUGUUUAAAAGAAGUGUAAAGCUGGAUCUUUGUGAUAGAAACUAGAAAGUGGUUCCGGACUACUUUGAUUCAAUAGAAGGGUUUAAACUAAAUAUGUGGAUGCACCCCCAGGUUAAGUCGUUGCUCCAGUGGGGGCUUGGCCAGCACUGAUCAGUACCCUGUAAUGGCCGCUCUCGAGUGUCUGUGAGAUAGAAAUGUUAUGAUGAUGAGACAGGGGAGGAAGUUUCAAGGGAAUAUGCGAAGAACCAAAAAAUUACAAAGGCAAAGUUAGGAGGUAAAAAGGGAGAGGCUACAGAUAAACUACGCUUUCCCUUUUCUCGAGUUCAGCUAGUUCUUUUUUUAUGUUUCCGUCCCAAUUUGAAUGCUCAGUAAUUCAUCUUCUUUUCCCUCUCCUUUCUAUUUAAACUGCUUUUAUUUACCUCCUCGAAUUUUGUUAAACUUUUACUCCAUUAAAUAAGUGUUGAUUUUUCAA